CGUGGAGUCGGAGACACUGUCACAGUCAGCACUCCUUGCCUAAAGAAAGCUUCUCUAUCUGUCAUUAUGAACCCGAGCUGUGCCCGCUGCGGCAAGGUUGUCUACCCGACUGAGAAAGUCAACUGCCUGGACAAGUUUUGGCAUAAAGCAUGUUUCCACUGUGACAUCUGCAAGAUGACCCUGAACAUGAAGAAUUACAAGGGAUAUGACAAGAAGCCAUACUGUAGCGCACAUUAUCCCAAACAGUCUUUUACCACGGUGACUGACACUCCAGAAAAUCUUCGCUUAAAGCAGCAAAGUGAGCUCCAAAGCCAGAUUCGCUACAAGGAAGACUUUGAAAAGAAUAAGGGCAAAGGAUUCAGUGUGGUAGCUGAUACACCUGAACUGCAGAGAAUUAAGAAGACACAAGAUCAAAUCAGUAAUGUUAAAUAUCAUGAAGAGUUUGACAAGAGCCGGAUGGGUAAUCCUUCCAUCGAUGCAGGAGAUGAUCGUAGAGGUUCCGAAGAUGGCGCCAAUUAUCGCCGAACCCCCUCGGAGAGCAUGCCUUCCCAUCAACCCCCGACUGGUGCCCCAGCAUAUCAACAUCAAAGACCGAAGCAGCCGCAGCAGCAGCAACCUAAAUACGGUUACCAGGAGCCAGUGACCCCAGUCGCUACCCAGCACCCAGCCUCUGCAGGAGGAAAGCGUUAUCGAGCUGUCUAUGAUUAUAAUGCAGCAGAUGAAGAUGAGGUGUCCUUCCAGGACGGUGACACUAUUGUCAACGUGCAGCAAAUCGAUGACGGGUGGAUGUACGGAACUGUUGAGCGCACAGGGGACACGGGCAUGCUUCCUGCCAAUUAUGUUGAAUCCAUCUGAACAGAGGAUCAUGCAUCUCUUUCUCACAGAAAAUCAUGAAUCAUUCCAGUGCAAUCCUCUCCCAGCUAUGGGAAGGAUGGGCUCCAAUUUUCUUUAUAGCAUUCUUUCUUGAACGCCUCUCUGCUUCCCUUUGGUGGCAGAAGAAUAAAUUACCUCUGGCUUCAUCUUUUAGACAAUGAAGGGACCACAUUGGGCAGAGGUCUCCUUCAACACCUCCCCUCUUCUUUCUUUUCUGUCAGAUUGACUUGUUUAUGCGCUUUGCACUAUUAUAAAAACACUUUUACCAUUUAAAAGGAGCGGACUAGUCACUUGGACAUUUUUCCUCUGAUAUUUUUUCUUCAUCAAUUAUUCUUCUAUGAAUUUGUAC